AUGUCGAUUGUUGCUAUCCGUGACAUUCAACUAGAUCACAAUCAAUGUUGCAUCAAAAUAUACUUUGCCCAAUCUAUUCAGUACAAUGUCAAAUUGCAUCGUCUUGAUCACUUCUGCAGUGCUGAUGGUGACUGGAUUACACGAUCUGUGUCGGGUAUUUCAUCCAUGUCAUUGGGUGAUGAACAGCCAUUGGUUCGUCAAUCAAGACAAACUGGUCAGUCUGUUCAACAGCAGUCGCUACAACCAAAACUUCAUUCGCCUAUUGCGCAAAAGAAUUCAAGUUUGUAUCAGUUCGAGUCGGGAAUCCUUGAGAAUCUGUUGCAUGAUGUUGAUACUAUGAAUGAUACUGUCAGAGUUGGACGCCAUGCAAAACAAUCGUUUAUGUCGAGUCAAGCAUGCGACUCGGAUUCCUUGUGUGAUGAUGACAGCCAAACCGAUACUGACAGUGAAUACUCCGAGUCCAUACACAGCAAUGACUCGGAUAUAUCCGUUGAUGGAUACAUUGAUUUUUUAAAUGAUCGCACUGCAACAGUGUUUGAUAUUGAUCAAGAGUCGAGGUAUUUGCAAGGCACACUCAGCAACAGUCCUUUGACUUGGUCAAAUGGAUCACCUAGACGCAUGUGGAGAAAGUCAUGCGAUAGUCAAUCCGAAACCAGCAGUGAUGAAAUUGAUACUAUUGAAUCCAUGAAUACGCAUGCAAACAGUCAAUUGAUGCUAGAUCGUCAUGCAAAUGUCCAAAUCAGUACUUGA